CGUCACUUCCUGUUUCUUUAGGAGAACGUGGCUUUCCCCAGAGCGCCCGAUCUUUCCCUCUGCGUCUCCGCUGCAGCGGCCGGAGCUGGAGUCGGACCCCGAGCGCAGUUUCGCCAUGGACUCGGCCGUCAGCGACCCGCAUAACGGCAGCGCCGAGGCAGGCGGCCCAACCAACGGCACAACGCGGCCGCCUUCCACGCCAGAGGGCAUCGCGCUGGCCUACGGCAGCCUCCUGCUCAUGGCGCUACUGCCCAUCUUCUUCGGCGCCCUGCGAUCCGUGCGCUGCGCCCGCGGCAAGAACGCCUCGGACAUGCCUGAGACCAUCACCAGUCGGGACGCCGCCCGCUUCCCCAUCAUCGCCAGCUGCACCCUCUUGGGACUCUACCUCUUUUUCAAAAUAUUCUCCCAGGAGUACAUCAACCUCUUGCUGUCCAUGUAUUUCUUCGUGCUGGGAAUCCUGGCCCUGUCCCACACCAUCAGCCCUUUCAUGAAUAAGUUUUUUCCAGCCAACUUCCCAAACCGACAAUACCAGCUGCUGUUCACACAGGGCUCUGGGGAGAACAAGGAAGAGAUCAUCAAUUAUGAGUUUGACACCAAGGACCUGGUGUGCCUGGGCCUGAGCAGCAUCGUUGGCGUCUGGUACCUGCUGAGGAAGCACUGGAUUGCCAACAACCUCUUCGGCCUGGCCUUCUCCCUUAACGGGGUAGAACUCCUGCACCUGAACAACGUCAGCACUGGCUGCAUCUUGCUGGGAGGGCUCUUCAUCUACGACAUCUUCUGGGUGUUUGGCACCAAUGUGAUGGUGACAGUGGCAAAGUCCUUUGAGGCACCAAUAAAAUUGGUGUUUCCCCAGGACCUGCUGGAGAAGGGCCUGGAAGCGGACAACUUUGCCAUGCUGGGACUCGGAGACAUCGUCAUUCCAGGAAUCUUCAUUGCCUUGCUGCUGCGUUUCGACAUCAGCUUGAAGAAGAACACCCACACCUACUUCUACACCAGCUUUGCAGCCUACAUCUUCGGCCUGGGCCUUACCAUUUUCAUCAUGCACAUCUUCAAGCACGCCCAGCCUGCCCUCCUGUAUCUGGUCCCUGCGUGUAUUGGCUUUCCUGUCCUGGUGGCACUGGCCAAGGGAGAAGUGACCGAAAUGUUCAGCUACGAGUCCUCAGCGGAAAUCCUGCCUCACACCCCGAGGCUCACCCACUUCCCCACAGUCUCGGGCUCCCCAGCCAGCCUGGCGGACUCCAUGCAGCAGAAGCUAGCUGGCCCUCGCCGCCGGCGCCCGCAGAAUCCCAGCGCCAUUUAUGAGGAGUCAAAUCCUAAGGAUCCAGCAGCAGUGACAGAAACCAGAGAGGGAACAGAGGCGACCACAUCGAAGGGGCUGGAGAAGAAGGAGAAGUGAUGGAGCUGGUGCCUGACCCUGCAAGGGCCAGACACCCGGGCGGGCUGGCCACACGCUGGCCCGCACAGCGCAGGCCUGCCGCUGGGGCAGGCAGCUCCCAGAGAGGGGCAGGGGCAGUAGGCUCCCUCCAGCGGGGCCUCCGGGGCCUGGUUCCCUCUCCCCCUUCUCUGGCCUUCUCUGCUCCUCCCCGUCUCCUGCCUGCAAAGGAAGCCCCCAACUGUCCCCACCCCCCCAACCCCUGGGUGCCAGGUGGGAAAAGUGGGUCUGAUUUUUAGACUUUUGUAUUGUGGACUGACUUUGCCUCAAAUUAAAAACUCAUCCCGUUGCCUGGG